AUGAUUGAUAUCUUUGGUGUUUAAUAUAAAUAACAGAUAUCUUUAGAUUAAAAAGAAUAAAAGUCUAUUCUAAGUGGAAUAUGUUCAAUUAUUGUAUUAGGAGCUAGUUUAAGUUAUUUUAUAUAUGUACUGAAUGAAUGGUGGAGUUCAAAAAUAUUACCAAAUUCAACUAACUUAAUGAAAGUUCAGAAUUACUCUUAAAUUUUAUAUAAUGAAGAUGCUUUAUUUGAAUUUUGUUAUUGGAAGUAUAGUGAAGAAUAAGUUGAUCCAUUUAGAUUAUAAAAUAACAUAUUAACUCCUAUUGGAAUCUACUUUAUUAAUGGUAUUCCUUAAAAACCAUUCUCUCUAUUAAAUUAAUCAUAAACAAUAUCACCCUAUAAUACAAAUCUAUUAAGAGUUGAUAAUCUUUCUUUAGUUCAAAAUAGUGGUUUUGAUAAUGAUUUAAAUGAUACUACAGAAUUAAUGAUAGUAAUAACUUCAUGUAAUAUCACUCUAUUGAAUAGUGGUUAUGAAUGUGCAUCUGAUUAAGAAAUUAAAGAAUUCUUUGAAAAAUCUGUAAAUUAUAUAAGUUUUUGGUUGAAUUUAAAGUAAUAUGAUUCAUAUACUUAAAAAUUCUAAGUUGUAAAAAAACAAUAUUAUUUAACUUUUGACUCUUAAAUCUCUCAUUAAGGUUAAUUAAUACUUACUUAAACUUAAGCUACCAUAGAUACUGGUAUUUUAUUUAGUAAUUAUGAAUCAAAAAGCUUUAUAUACAAUGCUUAAUUAAUAACAAGUGCAACAUCUAAUCAAUUUUGGUCUACUCUAUUAGUUAAGAAUUCAUAUCUUAAUUUAUUUAUACGACUUGAUCCAAUGUCUAUUGAUACUUAGAUUGUAUAUCCAAAAUUAGGAGAAAUACUUGCUUAAGUUGGAUCAAUAAUGAGUAUGUUAAUGACUAUUUAAUAUCUACUAAGUUAUUAUAAUGAAUAAUUAUUGGAUUUUGAUGUUAUUGAUAAGAUUUUGGGUUUUUAUUUUUUAGAUUAUUCAGAAUUGAAAAAAUCAAAAGAAAAAGGAGAUAUGAAAAUAUGUAAAGAAUUAAUAGAAUAAGCUAAAAAGAAAUUAAUUUAUAUUAAUAUAUUAUAUGAAUUGUCUAGAAUUUAAUUAUUUCUAAUACAUCAUUUUGGAAGAAAUUAAUUGUAUCAUACACAUUAAUAUGGUAUAUAGGCAAAAGAAGAUAUAAAAUUAAUUAAUUGUGAUUAAGGUGUUGAUAAUUCAAUUACUAUGAUAAAGAUUAAUGGAAAUAGAGAAUAAAUUGAUUAUCAUUUUGAUAAGGAAGAUUUUAAUUUAUUAAGUAAAGGAAAAUUAAAUAAUAAUAAGAAUAAUGAAGAUUUAGUGAGAGUUUAUUAAGAAGUUGGUAGUUCUUCAUUUUAAUCUAUUUAAUUAUGA